CCCUCCUCUUCCUUCUCCCCCCUCCUCUUCCUCUCCCUCGCUCCCGGCCAGCCGCCUUUCCUGGGAGGGGGCGAGACGCGCGCAGAGCCCGCAGGCCCCCUGGCCGCAAGCGAUGGGCGACAUCCCUGGCCUCGUGAAAAUCAGCGUCUCCCUCAAAAUCCAGCCCAACGACGGAGCCGUCUAUUUCAAGGUGGACGGGCAGCGCUUCGGCCAGAACCGCACCAUCAAGCUGCUGACCGGGGCCAAGUAUAAGAUCGAGGUGUCCCUCCGACCCGGCACCGUCCAGGCCACAACUAUGGGCAUCGGCGGCGUCAAUGUCCCACUGGAAGAAAAAUCACGGGAUGCACAAGUGGCCUCUUACAUAGGGAUCUAUGACACAGAAGGGGUGCCCCAUACCAAAAGUGGGGAGAGACAGCCCAUCCAAGUCAACAUGCAGUUUAAUGACAUUGGCGUUUUUGAGACAGUCUGGCAAGUCAAAUUCUACAACUACCACAAACGGGAUCAUUGCCAAUGGGGAAACAGCUUUGGCAGUAUUGAGUAUGAAUGCAAACCAAAUGAAACACGCAGUCUCAUGUGGAUCAAUAAAGAGACCUUUCACUGAAGAGAUGGGAAGCCAAUACUGCUGGACAAUCUCCCUAAAAGAAAAUCUACCUUUUUAAACCAGCAAGAAGCCUUAACAAAGGCAUACUGUAACACUGCUUUGUCCAUAAGUUUCCAACAACUACAUUGUAUAUACAGGUGGUGCCACUAAAAUAUUUGCCUAUUACUGUGUUUUAAGUUUACCAUGGCAUCUGCAACAUUCUUUAUCUGUCACCUGGAGAAUACUGAAAGGUUCAUGGUAAAGAAUAUCUGAUAGCUGGGUAGGAAGUCAUAUCAUAAUACUGUUGUAAGUAUUUGGUUUAUUCUGACUAGAUGUAACAACUUUUGUGAAGGCUUUUCUUCAUUGCUUAGAAUUUGGAUUAACAUCACAUUGGUGAUUUCUGUAUUUACAUUUGUGUUUGCUCCAAAGUCGGUGUGUUCCUUCAUGCAUUUUGCUGUACUGUCGUCCCAGUGGACACCAAAAAUUAAAAAUAUCAUUAUUUGUAGGUUUAGCUAAAUGGCAGCUAAUGCGCUGUUGGUAUUGUGCUUUCAUACCAAGGGAUUUGGGAACUCAUUUUCCCUUUUGUUAAGUGCUGUAAGAUAUUCUGUGAAGUUUGCUAAUUUACCAAAUCUCUCAAAGAGGAUUAUUUUUGUUAAGUUUCCCAGUGUUUGAAAUAGCAUUAGGAAAUGGUAUAAAACAUGACAAAGGAAGAGGAAUAAAUCAGUUGUGCUAUCCAAGAAAUCUAACAACAUGGCUAAGACCUAUCUUAAGAUCAUAUAGUAUCCUUGAGAGAUAUAACAGCCAUACUUAAUUUAGUCUUUAGAGUAAGAGUUCUGAUAUUAAACUCCAUUUUUAUUUUAAUGGCACUUUACUGAAAUCAGUUAAAUCUUAAAAAUCAACAUUUUCAAGCCUGACCACUGUAAUAAUUGGCAAGAUUUCUGACCAACACUCAGUAUUACGAAGGGCGCAGAUCCCAGUGCAUGUUUAUACAUGCACUGCACUCUUUCAAAUAAAGAUAAGCUUGUAAGCAUUUGCAUAGUUUAUAACUGAAGAUGCUUCAUAAACACUAGAUCAGUGUUUAACACAGACAACACAAAAUAGACAUAUCUUUUAUUUCAGUAGAGACAGGGAAGCAAGGAAACAACUACACUUGUCCCAUCCCCAGCUUGGGUUGAAGUAAGCUGUCAGUUCCUGCAUAUCUGUUAUUCCCUUUGUGAAUAAUUUGUAAAUUGUGUAUGUAAAUGGUAAACAUGACUUUUGAUCUUUAUAAUAAAGGAUCUAAACAACUUCUUCUUUACUAUGGCCAUUCAAAUGAGCUGAAAACACUGUGUAAAAAAAGGCAGUGGUUUUAGAGGAUCAGACAGCAGGGGGUAUGUAGCCAGUGCUUUCUGAGAAUACAGUUCAAAGUACCAUACGUUCUUCACCCAAAGCUAUGUUUCUAGGAAACACAGAUCCAGUGCUAAAAUGCAGAUGUGAUAACACUCAGUAGAACUUAUUAAUAUGCAGUUAGUUCCAGUAAUAUAGUGUGAAAAAUAAAGAUUUAGGACAGAAUUGAAUUAGCAAAGAAUUAUUUUCUUCCACUGAAUUAUUAAUCAAAAGGCUUUACUAGUUGCAGAUUUCUACAGCCAAAAGAACUGACAGUGUCAUUGAUGAAAUACAUCUCUUGAAUGGUGAGCUAGCCAGCUGUAUCUCCGCUCUAAGGCAACAUUAUAUGGGCAAAUUUUACUCCAAUUAAAAUCUAGAAAUAAUCUUCUCCAUUAACUUCUUUCCUAGACUUUUCCUAGAAAGAAUUAUUCAAAAUGGAAAAAACUGACCAAAUUGAAAUCUGUACUUCAGACAGAAGUGCUAUUGCCAGCAUUUUAGUGGAAGUUUCCAGAUAACACGGUUUAAUGAUUCUAGACUUCCAGCUGUGAAUCAGUUCUGUCUCUAUAUUGCUAGAAAAGUGAUUUUAUUCUGAAAUAAUUUGCAUACUUUGGUUUAUUUUGUUCGUACAUAUGAACACGUAUGAACACUGGCACACUGGCAAGAGAUACAUGUGACACAUAAAUUCACAAACUUCUGUCCUAGUAAAAAACAUAUAAGACCCACAGUGUCCUAGCUCUCCAACAUUUAAGAGGUACUUUAACGAAUAAAUCCAGCUGAUCCUGGCACAGGAGGAUUGUUAUUCUCAGUCAGCUGGAAGUAUACCCUUCCGAAGGCAAAUUCUUAUGCCCACAUUAAUGCCAAAUAGGCAAAUAGGCAAAUGCCCCAAAUAGGGCAUCUCUUCACUUAGAACCUAGCAGGUCCUGUAGCAAUCCAGUUCAGAGGAUGCUCAAGAAAAAGGCUGCAGAUGGAGCGAGUUGCUUUUAAAAGGAGAGAGAGAACAGCAAGAGCAACUGUGUUGUAUAGGUCCCAUAUCCUAAGACUGAACACUGCUGCCAGGAUUGCAGCACCCCUUUCAUAGACAGCAGCAGGGAUAAAAAGGAUGAGAAUUGGUUAAUCACUUCUCUGGGGAAGGUGCAAAUGGCAUUUAUCAGCUCUUAUAUCCUUCUCCCCGCGGUGAGGUUUAAGCAUACAGAAAUGUGAUUUGCAUUAUUCUUAAAUAGAAGAUUAUUCAUGUGCUGUUGGUUGAGUAUCUAUACCACCAGCUCUGAUACUCCACGCAUGUAAAACAAAAUGGUCCCAUCAACUUCCUGCUCAUCAAGUGCUUUGCUAACAAAGUAAACAUUUUCUCCUAGUAAAGGAGACCCAAGACUUCAGCAGUUCCCUGGGAAGUAAUGUUUUGAAUUUCUUUCAUCCAGGACAGCUCUGUUGAAUAUUCAUAGAGUUUGAGUCACUACAAAACUGUUGCUGUGACAGUUUGAUGCAUUAUUCAAUCAGCAGCAUUCAAAUCUCCAGGCAAUUUUGUUCUUUAUGCAGGUUUUUCUAAUUAAUAUUUCCAUUUUAAUACAGAACUCCAAAAUUCAGGACACAACACACUAGGAUUAAAUGUAUAUGUCAGAAAAUGCUGAGAAUGUGUCAAUCCAGCUGAAACUGCAAAGCACUAAUAGCUGGAGGUUUUAUAAAUUAAAGACUUCAAGAUUUUUGUCAUGAAGUGUCCAGUUGUCAUUUUCAUAAGAAAAAUGAAACGAACAUUCCAAAUCUUUGUGUCCCUUUUUCAUCUAUAUUUAGAGGUAGUAGAUAGCUCUUUGAUAUUGCUUCGUAACAGGAUUCAAAAGCAAGUUAUUAGUCUUGAUUAUUAGUUGUGAUCCUGCAUAGGGCUUAUAUUAGGUCUUUAGAUUUUGCACAGUGCUUUGCGUUUAGUGUAGCUACUACAGGCUUUGGUAUUUCCUACCAUCUGACUGUGUAUGAAACAGAAAUAAUACACUUCAAGUUUCCAUGCUCUACUUUCAUAUGGUGAAGAGGUUUUACUGGCUUCAGCUGAGGCUCUGUCCAUUGGUUUGCAAAUGCAGUGACCCUUACUGAUUCCAGACUAGCAAAGAAUCAGAAGACCUAAUUUAUAAAAUUCUUUGUAUUCUUCUGUACAAUAAAGGUGUAAGUUUUGUAAUACAAGGCUUUUGCAUGCCAGCAGAGGUUCUUUUUCACCUGGUUAAAAGUACUGCCCUCACUUGCUUUGUAAAAUAUUGAUGUAUGUGCUUGUGUUCCAUUCUUCUAAAGCUUCAUGCAAAGCUUUGAUUAAAUAAGGACGUGGCACGUUGUAAAUGCUGACCUCUUUUUGAGAUCUGAAACAAAUGCUAUGACUUC